AUGGCUGGAGCAGUAAGCCCCAAUGAGAAACCUGAUGGUGAUGUCGAGUUUUGUACUCUGGGCAUGUUCAUCGUUGGUAUGCUAUGUCACCACGCCCGACUCGGAUGAACAGCCGUAUCUUCAGUGUACAAUACUUACAGGCCUCCUUCUUGUCCGGCACAGAUGAGAUUGAAUUUGGGGGCUCUAGGCCUGAUGUAAAGAACAUUAUUGGUGGAGCAGGAUCUUUCGCCGUGGUGGGCGCACGUCUAGUCGCUGGCAAGAACCAUUCCCAGUCUGUGAGCUGGAUUGUCGAUGUUGGCUCGGAUUUCCCCCAGGAAGUUCUGGAUACGAUCAAGUCAUGGGAUACAAACUGCAUCAUUCGAGAGGAUAUGGGGCGCUUGACCACAAGAGCUUGGAAUGGUUAUGGGCCCAACGAGAAGCGGGACUUCAAAUACCUGACUCCGAAGAUACGCCUGGAGCCUGAGAUGCUUUCUGACUCGCAAAUAUUUUCGAGAACUUUCCACAUGGUCUGCUCUGCAUCGCGAUGUUUAUCUAUUGUGCAAGAGGUAUUGCGGCGACGAGAAGAGUUGCAACGGGAGGGCAAAGCCCCUUCUGCUGCCCAUGCUACGAAGAGACCAGUCUUUGUCUGGGAGCCGGUGCCCGACCUGUGUACUCCAGAAGAGCAAGCGAAAUUCUUCGCGGCCAAUCGGGUCGUAGAUGUGGUAAGUCCCAAUGAACUUGAGUUAGGGAUGAUGUUCAGCCAGCCUGGUUGGAGCGAAGAAAGCGAAUUUGGACGAGAAUUGGUCAACCGAAUCCUCGAAUCGGGCAUUGGGCCUGAAGGAAAUGGGCAUCUAGUCAUUAGAGCAGGAAAGGAUGGUAGCUACUCAUACUCUAGAAAUCAGCGAAUCUGGUUGCCUGCCUAUCAUGAACCAGGUUCCUCAGGAGCUACGAAAGUGGUCGAUCCCACCGGUGCUGGCAAUUCAUUCCUAGGGGCCUUGGCCCAGGGGAUGGUGGGCGAGGAGAGGGAACCCGUCAAAGUUGCGGAAUCCGUUCUCGCAGAGUCGGGGAAUUGGAGAAGGGCAACGCAUAAGGGCAUCCCAAUGGCAUUGAUAUUCGCCACCGUUGCCGCGAGCUUCGUGGUUGAGCAGAUUGGCGUGCCUCAAAUAGCCAUGUCUAACGAUGGGAGGGAGCUUUGGAACGAAACUGAAUUCACGGAACGAGUCCGUCUGUACACACAGCGAUUGCAUCGAACACUGGAAGAGUCUCCCCAGAGACACUUGGUAAUCAAUUGACCGAUUGAUUAAGGAACGCCCUUCUAUUGUCGUACAGCCCACAAUAAUAUGAAACAAAACCAGCCAUCACGUAGAACCUUUCCAUAGUCUUUUCCUUUCUCCGAUCCAUGCGCUCGUUUAUGAAUCGUUCUUCGCGGCUUGUUGUCUCUCGUGUUCGAUGAUCUGCUUGCUCCAGUAGCGACUGGGGAAGAAUCUUCCAGGCUCUGGCAUCUUCUCGCGACGCUCACGCUCAGCGCUAAGGGUCCAGGUAGCAGCAGCGACUCCAAUGACGGCAGCACCGAUUAUCAUGGUGUUGACCCUCCAGUUUGCGGGCUGAGCAUACCAGCCUCCCGCGGG